UCUAGAGAAAUUAUUUGUGUGCUCCAUUUUUUGGUGAGUCACCCUGUAGAUCGUAGGUAUGUACACAUGUACAAAUUUAUAUUGCUGUUUGCAAAUUUAACCGGUUACACACAGUCCUGUGUACAAAUUACUCGAGUUAUGUCACACUGUCUUAUACACGCACACACACGUUCAGUUUCACCUUUAUUCUCGAAAGAACAGUGUCACCACUCUCCUUUUUGUUUCUUUACGUUUUGUAGUAAAGUAUAGUGUACAACUGUUAGGUGGGACAAACAUGAGCGAGUCGGUAACGUCGGGUGCCGCUUAACUCUUACAAAUUUCAUAGAUGUCCGAUUACAGGCAAAAUGCCUGUUGUCAAGCGAGAGGCAGAGAAGGUGCCGGAAGAAGACCAACAACCGGUGGAGGAUGUCGUUGAAUCGACGUUAAAAACUAUACUGAGCACAGAGAUGGAAAUAAAAGAAGCCACAGAGUCGGAAGGGGCAACAGAAACUGCAGGAAAAGCUUUUGAGAAUCAGGUGGAAAACAUCGGCAAGGAGAUCGCGGAGGAAAUGGGAAUACCAACAUGGGGACUCGAAAUGAUUUUAAUAGCCGUAGGCCUAUUAGUACUUGGAAUUUGCUUCUGCUGCGUGAGAAGAUGGUGUCGAAAAAGACGAUCAAAGGAUGGAAAGAAAGGGUUGAAAGGAGCGGUGGACCUAAAAUCCGUGCAGCUAUUGGGCAGCACGUACAAAGACAAGGUCCAGCCGGAUAUGGAAGAAUUGACCGACAAUGCUGAGGAACCGGAUGAAGGCGAGAGUAAACAAAGUGAGGUGAAACUUGGAAAACUUCAGUUUAAGCUCGAGUACGAUUUCAACACGAGCAACCUGGCAGUAACAGUGAUACAAGCCCAAGAGUUGCCAGCUUUGGACAUGGGCGGCACAUCUGAUCCGUACGUGAAGGUCUAUCUGCUGCCGGACAAGAAGAAGAAAUUCGAAACGAAAGUACAUAGGAAAACGCUCAAUCCGGUCUUCAAUGAGACUUUCACGUUCAAGGUACCAUACUCAGACAUCGUGAACAAGACACUCGUUUUCGCGAUCUUCGACUUCGAUAGGUUCUCGAAACACGAUCAGAUCGGUGAGGUGAAGGUUCUCCUGUGCACGGUCGAUCUGGCUCAAACGAUCGAGGAAUGGAGGGAUUUGCAGAGCGUCGAGGGCGAAGGCGGCCAGGAUAAUAAACUUGGAGAUAUCUGCUUCUCGCUUCGAUACGUGCCGACAGCAGGCAAAUUGACAGUGGUUAUCCUCGAGGCGAAGAACCUGAAGAAAAUGGACGUAGGCGGGUUGUCGGAUCCUUACGUGAAGAUCGCUCUGGUGCAAAACGGGAAGAGAUUGAAGAAAAAGAAAACGUCCAUUAAAAAGUGCACCCUUAAUCCGUAUUACAACGAAUCAUUCACUUUUGAGGUACCCUUCGAGCAAAUACAGAAAGUGCAAUUGGUUGUCACGGUAGUCGACUACGAUCGUAUCGGCACCUCAGAACCCAUUGGGAAGGUCAUAUUGGGGUACAACGCGAACGGAACAGAGUUGAGACACUGGUCCGACAUGUUGGCAUCCCCGAGACGUCCUAUUGCUCAAUGGCACACGCUUAAAGACCCCGAAGACGGCGACAAGUAGGACUAAGAGAUCGUUCAGAGAUGUCCAGUUUAAACAAACAAACAAAAAAAAAAAAACAAAAACAAACAAAAAGGUAAUGCACACCAAAUGGUUCUAAGCAGAUACGACAAAUGUACAGAAGCAUUAUUUUUUUCGUUUCGUUCCGUUCCAUUCCGCUUUUCGCCCCACUCGGCAAACUAUAUAUAUAUAUACAAACAUACAUAUAUAUAUAUUUUCCAACGAUAUCCGUGGACGAUAUACCGUAACGAGGAUGCAGAAUUUUUUCUGGACAAA